AUGUCACAUUUCCUUGGCCUCCGUGGCCGUCGCCUCAACUAUGUGGCAUUGCUUGGCGUGUUUAUGCCCACCAUGAUGUCAAUGGGCUAUAACCUGGGAUCACUUGGAGGUGUCCUGACACUGGAGAGGUUUGAAGCCCAGUUUCCUCAACUCGACGUGAACCAUGCCCACCCUUCUGAGAGGCAUUACAAGUCCACCCUACAGGGCACUGUUGUGGCCUUGUAUGCGGUAGGUGGAUUUUUAGGAGCAAUGGUCUGUAUUGGAUGGGGCGACGUAAUAGGCCGUCGGCGAACUAUCAGAAUUGCUUCAGUGAUCCAAUUAAUCGGAGCGUUCCUCAUGGCUAGCUCGUUCAAUAUUUCCCAGCUUGUGGCAUCGCGCGUUGUGCUAGGUCUUGGCUGUGGUGGUCAAUUGGCAACUGUUCCAAUUUGGCAGUCUGAAAUAUCACCAGCAAAGAAGCGAGGUGCGCAUGUUGGAACCACAGGUGUCUUUGUUGGCAUGGGCUUGACCAUGGCUUUACUCGUGGAUCUUGGCAUGUCUUUUGUUCACCGUAGCGUCAGCUGGCGCCUGCCAGUCGCCCUGCCAAUCUUAUUUUCUCUUCCGGUUAUCACAUUCACUUCUCGGCUACCCGAAUCACCGCGCUGGCUGAUCCAUCGAGGUCGACUUCCCGAGGCCCGUGAAGUGAUAGCAUCACUCAGAGACACAACAACAGACAAUGAAAUGAUAGAGAAAGAGAUAGAAGAUGUGAUGUCCUCCUUGGCUAUUGCUGGCAAGGGAUCUUUCGCUCAAGUCUUUCAAAUGGGACACCAGAGGAUAUUCCAUCGCGCAUCACUCGCAGUAGGAGGCUUAGUGCUGUUACAACUAACAGGGAUCAGUUGUAUCACAUUCUAUAGUACGACAAUCUUUGAAACACACCUUCACAUCCACCCGGUCACCUCAAGAAUUCUAGCAGCAGGCUAUCAGUUGUCCGGUACAAUUGGCGGAAUCGUCUGCGUCUUUACCAUAGAAGGAUUUGGUCGCCGACCCCUACUAUUGCUAAGCGCAGUUGCCAACACAAUCUGCAUGAUUCUCAUCGCUGGGCUCAGCUCUCCAGCAACAAACAACAUCGGCUCGCAUGCAGCGGUGGUAUUUAUGUUCCUCUUUCAUUUUAGCAUGACUGUCGGCUUUGGUGGAAUUCCAUUCCUGUAUGCCUCUGAAAUAACACCCCUCAGUCUACGUACCACAAUCAACGGAAUCAGCUCCGGUAUAUGGUGGGCCCUCAGUGCUUUGGCUGCCUUGGUCACACCGAUCGCCUUCAAUGCUCUUGCAUGGAAGUUUUAUCUUAUAUUUACGUGUCUAAAUGCCACAAUGAUACCUAUCAUAUACUUAUUAUUCCCGGAGACAGCAGGCCUCGCGUUGGAGGAUAUUGAUGAGUUGUUCAUCAUGUCGACGGGGGUUUUGGACACCGUUCGCGUGGCAAGAAAACUGCCGCAUAAGUCGAAAGAUGCUCCACUCCAAGGAGAUACUGAUUCUGAAAAGAGCAAUGGAGCUCCAUUGAGGAGAUGCAGAUCGCUAUGA